AUUACCUCGUCCCUAAAUUGUCUUUUCAAAGAGGAAAUUCUCUUUCUUUCGCUUCAAUCCCGAGACCAGUGGGAAGUCAACCAUGUCAUCUCAGUUUCGUGAGAAGCGCGGAAUAGCUAGCAGUGCCCACAAUGAACUGCCCACCAUGGAUCCCACCGAAAGUGACUUUGCUCUGGAGCUGAAGUCAGCACCCAAGCAGACCUGCAUUCCGGAGCACCAACGCCAGAGAUUGGCCAGCUCGGACACGAGCGUCUACCAGCGUGAAAGCGUUUUUGAUAUGCCGGACAAGUCCUGGUCAGUCCUGUACUUUGGUUCCGGCAAGGACAAAACCUCGAAUUAACCGUAAUAGGAAGGCGUACCUAUUAUGUAUAAGACCGCUGUUUUCCAUCCCAACAUUCCGGUUUGGCAUCACUCUAAUUCGAAUGUCUGCAACCGCCUGGCCCACUGAUUGACUCCCUCGCCACCACAAUCCAUCCACCAGUCAUCCAUCAGAUGUCGCGAAAUGUUAUAAAAAUUGAAAUUCGCCCUCGUGCCAGUGCAUAUUUUA